AUGCCUCCCAAAAAAAGCGCGUCCAAGGCCGCCGCAAAGCCUUCCACGUCCACAACCAAGACCACCACCACCAAGAAGACUACUGUUGCGAAAACUGCAAACAAAGGCCAGCCUGCGAAAGCUACUGCGGCUUCUCAAAUCAAAGCAACCUCGAAGAAACAAUCUCAAGCCAUUGAUGCAUCUGCAAAGUCGCGCAAGUCUAAGGCCACUAGUCGUGCGGCAGCUGGUACCAAAAAGCGCAAGGCCGAAGAAGUCGAUAAGGAGCCCGAUGUCAAGACUAAAAAAGCCCGUGUUACUCAGCCUCCGGUCAAGAAGCCGAAACCGAAGGUGGUCAUCAACCAUGCGCCCACUGCACGAUUGAACGUCUAUGUUUGUGGUGAAGGUAGCUCAGGUGAACUCGGGCUCGGCGCGGCGAAGAAUGCGGUCGAUGUAAAGAGACCGCGCCUCAAUCCCCACUUGCCAGCAGAUCGGGUUGGUGUGGUGCAGGUAGCUGUCGGCGGCAUGCACUGCGUCGCCCUUACGCAUGACAACAAAAUCCUUACUUGGGGCGUCAACGAUCAAGGUGCUCUUGGGCGCGACACUACGUGGGAGGGUGGUUAUAAGGACAUUGAUGACAACAAAAGUGACGCGGACUCGGACUCGGACUCAGAUGAUGACAGCGGUCUCAAUCCCUAUGAAGCGACUCCCACUGCCAUAUCGUCCGACGCAUUCCCUCCUGAGACCGUCUUUGUCGAAGUCGCUGCCGGUGACAGCUCCAGCUUCGCUCUCACUGACGACGGCCAGGUCUAUGGCUGGGGCACUUUCCGAAGCAACGACGGUAUUCUAGGCUUUGAUGCCGAACACAAAGUUCAGCCGACUCCCACGCUGAUUCCGUCCCUCAAGAAGAUUAAGCACCUUGCCUGUGGUGAUAACCACGUCCUCGCUUUGGAUGAGAGGGGUGCGGUAUUCUCCUGGGGAUCCGGUCAACAAAAUCAAUUGGGCCGCCGCAUCAUCGAGCGCAACAGGUUGCACGGCCUCCAGCCGCGUGAAUUUGGUCUACCAAAGAAUAUCGUCCAUGUCAGCUGUGGUGCCUUCCAUUCCUUCGCCGUCGACAUGACUGGGAAGGUCUAUGGAUGGGGCUUGAAUAGCUUUGGUGAAACGGGUAUUCAUGAGGGAGCUGGCGACGAUGAGGCUGCCAUUAUUCACCCAACUGUCGUGGAUUCACUUUCUGGGAAGCAUAUCGUUCAACUAUGUGGUGGUGCCCAUCACUCGCUUGCUGUUUCCAAGGAUGGUCAAUGUCUUGUAUGGGGACGCCUGGAUGGCUUUCAGACAGGCCUGAAGAUCGAUACUCUUCCAGAUGAUGCUGUCGUGAAGGACGAACGUGGACGGCCGAGGAUCUUAAUUGAGCCGACCCCUGUUCCCGGUAUCAAAGCAUCUGUCGUUGCGGCUGGCUCUGAUCAUUCAAUUGCCAUCGACGUCGACGGUCGCGCCUGGUCGUGGGGCUUUUCAGCAACCUACCAAACAGGCCAGGGCACUCAGGAUGAUAUCGAAGUUGCGACUGUCGUGGAGAAUACUGCUGUACGCGGUAAGAAGCUGAAUUGGGCUGGUGCUGGUGGACAGUUCUCCGUCUUUACCGAACCAGCAACGGUGUAA